GAAGCCCAGCGUGGCUGAGACCUGGCCACACAUGGCUGCAUCGCCAUAGCAUUGAUGCGUUUUCGAUUGGGAAUGCGCGACGCGACCAUCUCGCGGGGCACAGCAACGCCAUGCCGGCCGCCAUAACUGACGCUGUCCGUUCUCCCUUGCAAGAUUGGCCCGUCAUCGACGACUCUCCCUGAGGAGAAUCCCUGAGGAGAACAGUGCCCCGCCGCAGACUGCUGCCAGCAUCGCGUUCGUCGCCCACACGUCUUGAGGCCACGCCUCGCUCGCUACGCUUGCCAACCAGCAAGCAAAGCGAAAGCAAACCGCAGCCUCUCGAUGGGCGGCGACAAGCGUCGCGGAGGCUCCUCGAGCCAUGUCCUCCGCACCACCCCGCCAGCCGCCCCCGCCUCGUCCGCCUCCUCGUCCUCUUCCUCGUUCGCCUCGACCCCCUCGGCCGACCGCAACAGCGGCCCCGUGGUAGCGACGCCGCCACGAGCGGCCCUUUCGGACGGGAACACGGGCAAGGCGGGCGCUACCGAUGACAGCACCGGCGGCGCCCCGCCGUCCCGGACAGGGACGCCGAUCCGUCGCCCAAACACCCCGCACGCGACGCACAGGGAGGGUAGCAGACCGCGCGGCCGCAUGGGCCAGGACACGCCGGGCGACCGGCACGGCAAAGGCAGCAGCAACCCGGCGUCACGGUCCGGGUCCCCGCUCAAGGACGGUCAGGCGGUGGCGGAGGUAGAGUCGGACACAUCGCUCAGGCAACAGGUCCUAGACCUGAAGCGCGAGCUCCGGAAGAAGGAGGACGAGUUCCGGAAGGCGCUGGACAACCUGUCGCAUAACGAGUCCGAAAAUGCUGGGUUCUGGCAGUCGAGCCACGGCCAGCUCAACCGGCAAUUCAUGCACGUCGACGCCGAGCUACGCGACGCCCGCGCCGAGCUCGAGGAUCUGCGGGGCGAGCGCGAAGACUUGCGCGCCGGCUGGGACGCCUCGCGCCGCGACCUGGCCGCGCGCGAGAGGGAGGUGACCAACCUCAAGGGCCAGGUCCGCGGGCUCAAGGACUGGCUCGCCACCAGCACCAGGGCCGCGGGCGUGGCGCCGGCGGACGACGUCUUUGCCGACGGGUUCUCGCGCCUGUUUAACGGGCUGCAAAAUUGGCUUGUUGGGAGCUUUAGGAGGGUCAAGCUGGAUCUGUCACGAACAGACGAGGCCACGCUCGAGGAGGUGGCCGCCCUGGUGCCGACGUAUGCAGAGCUCGUCAGCACGUCCAAGCUACAGAUGCUGCAGUCGCUCGUGUCCAGGAUACUGGUGGAGAUGAUUUUUGACAGCUACUUUGUCGGCUUGACCGAGCAUCAGGCCUUGCAGCUGGCUCAGACGGAGUCGCUAGUAGAAUCACUUGUGACUGGCCCGGAGCCCCUGAACCAAUGGCGGUCCACAACCCUCACUCUCCUGAACAAGGACGCAGCACAUGCAAUGCACGAUGAGACGUCACGGCUUACAGACAGUGUCGUGGCACGCAUAAAUCGCCUACUGGGCGCGCUCUCGCCCGACUACCACGCGGCCGCUGACGGUGGCAGCACAAGCAGCAGCGGCGCCCCCGCCACGCCGUUCCUCUCAUCAACUCCUGGACCGGCGGCGGCGGCGGCAUCCGAGGCAUCUCUGAGGCAGCUAGUCGCGUCGUCGAUCGAGCUGGCGCGGCUGCUCGCGGUGCAGCGGGCGUCGUUCCGCGUCUUCAUGCCCGAGGUGCGGCCGUCGGUGGGGGCGGCGGAGGACGAGGACCGGGCGCGGCCGCCCGCCUUCGACCCGGCCCGCAUGGAGGACAUGGGCGGGCUCGACGAGGAGGCGCUGGCGGGUGCGCUCGUGCGCUGCGCUACGUUCCCCGGCAUCGUCAAGCGGGGCGACGAGGCGGGCGGGCACAUGCAGCAGUACGAGAACGUGAUUGCCAAGGCGAGGGUGCUGUGCAACCCGGGUUGAUUUGCUUAUUUUUGGUGAGCUUGUCUGCUGUCACGAUUUGUUAUGAACAUGACGGGCUUGGAAGGCAACUUUUGGGUUCCGGUGGCGCUGUUGAUUUUGCUGUCCUGCAUCUUGGUCUGUGUGAUGGAUUCUAGUGUGAGACCAGAGGGAGAAGCGAGCAUUUUACUGGUUAUCACUAGUGUUCUGUUCUUGUUUUUGGUCACUUGGGAUCGAGGUUGAUGUGUCGGACAUCCUACGCAUCAAGACAUAGGCCAGAGGGGGAGCUUGAACCUCGCAAGUACCGUCCAAGUAUCGACUCCAACCAACCAACCACCUAUCCAGCCACCCCCACGUCGGUUACGUCCCGUCUAUGCGGUGUGAUGGCGAACAGCACCCCGUAACGUGUCGGGAAUCCCGAUGGACACAAAAGUAAAUAAACCCCCAAGACACCAAAAAGAGCUAAUCAUGCGGACCAACGCCGGAAGAAGUCAAAUAAACGAAAUCCGGUGACCGCCCGCCCCCCGCCAAGCCUCCGUCUGCCCGACCCAGCCGGCUAAGGAGCCCUCCGCUCUUCACCCGAUGCACAUCCCCCAAUGCCUCGCACCGCAUCCCGCCUUUUUCUCCCUCCACUUGCUCAGUUUUGCUCCUAUUCGCGGAUCAAAAUGUCGGGCUCGGGAAUCAGCAGAGCGGGUUCGGGGAUCAGCGAGGAGGGGGGACGGCAGACAACCAGCAAAAGACGGAGAGGGGGGUUGAUGUAUCACGGCCGGGUCGCUGUCGUGUGUUGUUGUCCAUCGUACAUCGUACAUGCUAUCGAGUGCAGCGUGGGAGCGAGAGGGGCGCUGCAGAUACGUGCGAGUGUUGUGCUGGCCGACGACCCCUUGGCAUCUCCGCUUCUGCUAUACGCACCCCCCUUCUUCGCUCUCGGGUGGUCUGGACCGGGCCUGUGAGGGCAGCAGAGCCGCAUGGCUCCGGGUUUUUGUCGGCUCCCCCCUCUUUUUUUUUUUUACAAUCUGGGGAGAUUGGUGCCGACUGAGCUUGCUCUUUUCCCCUCGAUGGACAUGUAGCAUUGUAAAACGCCCAAGGGGCAAACCCCAAGUCGACUGUGGCUGUUCAGUCCGCCCUGUUGGGCACCACUGCCGUCCACACAAAACCCGCCUUCGGGACAUGGAUAGAACCAAAAAAAAA